UCUUUUGGCACCCCAACUGUGCGUCACCCUCAGCCGCAAUGGAUCGACAAAAUGAAAAAUAAGCUGCUAGAGGUUACGGUCAAUACACGCCAGGGUGCGCCAGGGUAGAACCAUGCUGCGCACCAAAGUGAAAUACCGCCGACAUUGCCGUGCUCUUGCUAUACAAGGCACGCUGCAAAUGCAGAGACAAAACACAACGAGUCUGCACGGCCAGCUUGAACAGAGUAAAAAUACAUUCAAGACAAUCAGAAUUGUACUGGCCUCAGAGGUUCCUUGGCCGCCCGUGGCGGCUGUGCCCUUCAGCUGGGGCGACCGGCACGGGGGCGGCAGUGGACCAGCUGCUGGCCGAAAGCGCGAGCGCGAACUGGCGUGGAUACAGGCCCAGGCUUCUGGCGAAUCGAGCACAUCGAUGGUCGAUGAACCGCGGGGAUAGAAGCGGCAGCCGAGCGCAGGCGAGGACGGAAGCUGGCCAGAUCUCCGGCGUCCUGAGACAAUCACGGCGGCCGCCCUCUCAGAGCCCGGCCCCUGGACGCUCCAUGGCCCGCGAUGGACCCCGGGACAAUCGGCAGGCGACCCGCGGCGAGAGACUUGCGCUGAGGAUCGGGCCGAGAGCCCUGCACGGCUCGCACCGUGAAGCAAUCACGACGACGGAGGUCCGUGUGGCAGGCGCUUGGCCGCUUCCUGGGCCUGAGCUGCGCAGGGCGAGCCGCGCUAGAGAGCGAUUGAGGGCGUGUGCUGCCAGGGUUCGCGGGGACAUGGCCACCAACCCGGCCUGGAACGCGCCACAGAAGAGGAAACACGGCAUAAACAUCUUCGGAGGCGCGUGUGGAGUUCUUGGUUCGGCGCUGGACCCCCCUGGCAGCGCC